ACCCUUGCUUCAAUCCUACUCCAUUCUUAAUUAGCUUCUUCUUCUUCUAACCCAGUAAUUAAAGAAAAGAAAAACUCAGAAAUUUGUUCAAGAAGCUUGCUGGAAUCUGGUGAUUAUAGAGCCUAGUGGAGAUCGAUAUGGAGGAGGAGGAUUUCCCACCGCCAGGGUAUCGGUUCUUCCCGACAGAAGAAGAACUGGUGUCGUUUUAUCUGAAACAUAAGCUUGAAGGAAGGUUUCAGGAGCACAUUGAUGUCGUUAUCCCUGUCCUCAAUAUCUACGAUCAUGAUCCUUGGAGUCUCCCACAAUUUGCAGGGAAGUAUAAUCGGAGCGACCCGGAGCAGUGGUUUUUCUUCAUCCCAAUGCAGGAGAGGGAAGCGCGGGGAGGGCGGCCGACGCGGCUGACGGCCGGAGGGUACUGGAAAGCCACGGGGUCGCCGGGGCUGGUGUACUCCGGGAAUAAUCGCGUCAUCGGCGGGAAAAGGACGAUGGUUUUCUACACGGGGCGAGCGCCUAAUGGAAGAAAGACUGAGUGGAAGAUGAACGAAUAUCGAUUCACUGAAAGAGAUGCCUCUAAUUCACCGCAGGAAUUUAUCUUGUGUCGUGUUUACAAGAAGCCCAAGUGCGCCAGGGCGUUUGACAGACGGCCGGCAUGUGUGGCACCGGCGGCGCCACCCGCCGUGGACGGCGGAGAACUACUCGCUCUGCAACCGCCGCCGCCGCAAAUGGCUGCAGCCGCCAAUGACGCCUCCGCAUCGAUCACAAACAGAAGGCUGACCGCCGCCGCAAAUGGCUGCAGCCGCCAAUGA